GUAGGAGUUUGUCUCUGUCUCUAGAAAAUAGAAGGUACGCCACCUAUAAAAAGAAGAAACACACCAAGGAAUCAUGAGCUCGUGCAUGAGGAGCUCGCGCUCCCUCCUCGCUGCAGCCAUCCGUCUCCUGCAAGUCUUCUGUCAACGUAUGUCUAUGGCAUUGCGUGUUUCUCAGGACUAUUGUACCUCCCUGUGGAGGUCGGUGACCAUCCACUUGGCUCUUAGCCGGUACUUACACGCCCUGUGGAGGGUCAUGACAGCAUCUAUGUUCCAAACUCUCCAUGUCGGCACAAGGACCAUUGUCUACCGUGAAUUUUACGUUGAGACCGUGCCCUGCACCAACCGCACCCACAAGGUCAUCCGCUCUCCCAGGAAAGCACGAGAAAUUGGAGAGCGUGCCUUUGCAAAUUUCAAGAAGAAGCACGCCUCCAAGAUCCUCGACCCACACCACCAUGAAAGUGUUCGCGUCCAUGCCAUUGGCUGGAAGAUCAUUCGCGCUAUCCGUCGUGUAUUGUCCAUUAAGAGAAAGAUAGAGCGACAAGGACAGGAACCACUACAGAAGAUGACACGUCUGGGUUGGAUCCGCGAGCUCAAUUUGGAGGUGAUAGUCGUAGAGGAAAAUGUCAGAACAGGACGGUGCUUUCCUGGUGGUGGCAAGAUAGUACUCUACACGGGAUUACUUGAUCAUUUCAGCACAGAUGCUGAGAUUGCCACCAUCAUCGCGCAUGAGGUUGGACAUAUUAUUGCGAGGCACUCCUCUGAGAUGAUCAAAAUAUUCAAGUGGUGGCUCCCAACCCGCCUCCUCGUGACGCCAUUGUUACAAAGGAAUGAGCUAGAGGCAGAUUACAUUGGAAUGUUGCUACAGGCUGCUGCUGGUUUCGAUCCCCACGCUGCCCCUAUGUCCCUUGAAAAGCAAGGACGAAUAAAUCGGAAGUCGACAUUGACAAAAUUGCUCUCCUUCUUCUCAUUCAGCGCUCAUCCAUCUACUAAGAAAAGAUCACAACUUUUAUCACAACCCAAGGUCAUGGAGGAGGCUAUGGAAUUGUACAGAGAAGCAACCAGUGACGGGCCUGACAAUGAAGGAUGUAGUUCCUCUUAAUAAAGCUCUAGCUAGAUCUGCGUAGGAUUUGGUGGUGCAUCAAUUGUGCAAAAGAAUGCACACAAGCAUUUUCUUGUUAGAUUUGUGGACUGAUGUUAAAUGAGUACUGCUAUCAAUACUAGUUGCAUGUCCAUGUGUUGCCAUGGAACCAUACCAAAAUUGCUUUAGUUGUACUUGUCCCACCUCAUCCAUAUCACUAAUUUUAU